UCGUCACAGUAGAAGAAGAAGAGAAGAACAGGAAGAAGAAGAGGAAGAGGAGGAAGAAGAGGAAGCCUUCAAUCGGGAAAAAUGGUGGCUUCUAAUCUAAAAUCGGAGACAAUGGAUCUGAUGCAGAAGAGGAGCGCUAUCGAGGCGCAGAUGGAUGCCAUCAUUUCGCGUCUUUGUCAGCCUGGCGGUCCUGGACUCUCUGGGAAUCUCGUCGACUCUGAGGUGAUUGCAAUGGAUUCUUUCCUCCUACUUAUCUUUUCAUCUCAAAGUUCUUCUUGGUUUUUGUUCGUUAUAGUGAUCUACUGGGACUGGUCUGACCGUGGUCGGCUAACCGAGCUGAGGAAUGACCACACGGAGAUCACAGAAAAGAUUAAUCAGAACAUACAAGUUUUGCAUUCUGCUAAGCCUGCUUCCAGUUUGUCACUUUCUAGGGAUGCAGGGAAUACAGAGGGUUCAAACGACCAAAGGUCAUCUGUCACAACUGCUCCAGCCUCGAAUAGUUUUUUACAGAGCAACUCUUCGAGUAGCAUGGAUAUAGAUGCAAAUUGCAGCAUACCGUUUGCACUGGUAGAUGAAAUAGCCGAUGCAUCUCCAGCAGCAGAUGAUGGAUUACAACUCGGCGAUCAAGUUCUUAAAUUUGGGAAUGUAGAGGCCGGUGAUGAUCUGUUGCAUAGGCUUGCCUCUGAAGCACAGACUAAUCAAGGCCGUCCAAUACCUGUUGUAGUUAUGAGGCAUGGUACUCCCCUAAAUUUGAUUCUCACCCCCAGAUCAUGGCAAGGCCGGGGUCUCCUCGGAUGCCAUUUUAGGAUGUUGUAGCUGUGAAUCUGUGGUGACAAUCUAAAGCUGUCAUGGUGGGGUGGCUGUUCAUAAAGACAGUAAAUUUUCUGCUCUUAACUCUCCUUCUGUUCUACACUAUAUCUACUGCUUAUAAUUCUAGGUAAUAUUUUUGAUAAAUUUCUCUCAACUUCAUGUCUGUUUUUAUAAUUCCCCAUCCUGUCCCUCUUUUUUAGUGUCAUUUUUACAUUGAGAUUCUGUAAAUUGAAAGCACAGGGUUGAGUUGCACUAUAUGCUAUUUCUUUUUAUAUCAAAAUAUUAGUUUUCGAGUUCGGAAUUAAGGUUGUAUAAAUCUGUUACGAAACCUCGAA